AUGAGCGCAGGUCAGGGCAGCGCAAGGCAAGGAGGGAAAGGGCAGCGCAAAGCAAGGAGGUUGAGAGCAGCGCAAGGCAAGGAUGGACAAGGCAGCGCAAGGCAAGGAGGGGCAGGACAGCACAUGGCAGGGCAGCGCAAGGCAGGGCUGCGAGAGGUAGAACAGCGCAAGUCAAGUUGGGGCAGGGCAGCGCAAGGCAAGGAGGGACAGGGCAGCAAAAAGAAAGGCAGCGCAAUGCCAGGAGGUACAGGGCACCUUAAGGCAGGCUGGGCAAGAAGGGUACGCAAGGAGGGCAGUUUAAGGCAAGUGAAGGAGAGGCGGUGCAGCUCAAGGCAAGGAAAGGCAGAACAGCGCAACACAAAACAAAGCAGGGCAGCGGAAGGAGGGGCAAUGCAGGGCAACGCAAGGAAGAGUAUGGCAGCGUAA